AGAAAGCAGCCUAAUUAAAAAAAAGUUAAAAUUUUUAAUCAAAAAAAAGUUACUGCCUUUCAUCGUUUUAAUCAUUCUUCAUUCUAUACAUCAUUCACAUCGUUCGACUGAAUUUAUUGACGAUUUGUUGAAAAAAAUAUGGCUUCACCACAAUCUACAACAGCAUCAUCAUUAACAUCUACAGACAAUCCAGAAUCUCCAUCAUCAAUGAUUGCAAUAUCAACUGAUGAUAUCAAUAUUCAUGAUAAAAAUGAUCAAUCAAAGAAAUUUAAAUUUUUUCCCCAUAUUUUUUCGUGUUGUGGUCAUCAACAAUUAAUCUAUCUAAAACGUUUAAAUUCAUUAGAUAUUAUAUAUGCAAUUGGAUCAUUUAUUGCCGUUUUAGGAUGUGCCUGGCAAUUAAUCGAUGUUAGCCGAAUAUAUUUUGCCUACGAUACAAAUGUUAAUGUUAUGUUUGAACGUGAAACUAAAGUAGAAAUUCCUGCUAUAACUAUUUGUAUGGAUUUAUUCAAAGUGGCUAAUGACGAAUAUAUUGAAGAAAAUUAUUCAAAUCAAUUAAAACAUUUUGCUGAAAAUAAAGUAAAUAAAUAUUCGGCUUAUAAAAAACUAUUCCAAAAUCUUACACUUUAUGAAUUAUUGAAUAAUGCAACUUAUUCAAGUGAAAAAGUAUUCAACAAAUGUCGAAUAAUCAAACCGAUCGCAAUCGAAAAUAAUGAAACUGAUGAUUAUAUUAAUUGUACAUUCAUUUCACCGAUUCAUGAAUCAUUGACUGAUGUGAAAAAAUGUUUUUCCAUUGGAUUACAAUUAAACAAUCAAUCUGAUGAUUAUUUUUAUAUUGAUCAUGAUAUGACAAUUCGCGAUAAUGGAUUUCCAUUAUAUCAAAUCAGUUUAUUUAACAAAUACAUUGAAUCACCAAUGAUUUUGAUGCAUUCACGUUCAAUACCAUUUCUUGGUUUUAUUGGUGGACAAACAAAUGUUUUCCGAGUCAAUAAUACACGAUCAUCAUUUCAAUUGUUUAAUUAUUUUAAAACAAUAAACGAUUUAUUGGAACCACCAUUUAAAACAGAUUGUCGUCGAUAUGAAGAAAUUGGCUACAAAUCAUUAAUGCAUUGUAUGAAUCGUUGUAAAUCAAAUUUUUUCAUUCGUAAUUUUAAUGGCCAACAUGGUGAUGUUCCAACAGAUAAUAGCUUUGAUCUUAAUAUGUAUUUCGCUCCAUCAAAAUUCAAAGAGAAUAAAACUUUAGAUAAAAUUAUGUCAAAUGAAUGUUUAACAACGUGUAGCAAACGACAAGAAUGUCAUAGUGAAUUCUAUACAAUGUCAAUGAUGGAUGAUUUUGAACGAAAACCAAUGCAAAAUCGUUAUGAAUUUGAUGUUUAUUUUUCAUCAACUGCAAAUACACAUUAUAAACAUCAACCACGAAUGGAAUUAGUCGAAUUUAUCUGUUUUUAUGCAUCAACUAUAAGUCUUUGGUUUGGAUUCUCAAUCAUUGCUUUUUCACGAAGUGUAUUACAUAUUAUACAUCAAAAUGCAUUGGCUAAACGAAAUAGUUCAGUUUCAACAACGAAAAAUGAUAAGAGUGUUACUAUUCUUCCUGGUCGCCGUUAUUCACAAACGGUUGAAAUGAGUUAUCAUAUCUCUAAAGCUGCAUUAGAGAUUGAUUUGAAAAAACCAGAAACCGAACAACGUGUUCAAGAGAAGAAGUGA